GUCGAUUGAUACUAGAGUCUAGAACUAAAUAUUAUAUUUUGUAUUUAUUUUUUUGGGUGUUGAGUUUUAAAAUAUUAUGUCUUACUUGCCAUUGUAGGUAACACAUUUUGCAAACGGCAUUCAUUCGAAAAUCAAAUUCGUCAGUUGUAUAAUUCGUUAAUCGUUCAUGAAAACCGUGCAGAAAGCGUACUUAAGAUACUCUAGUAGAUUGCACACCUUAACAACCGCAGUCAAAAUGAAGAAAAUGUUAAAAUUGGUGAAAGGGGGAAAAAAAGAGGAUAAAAGUGGUUCUGGAACACCAUCAGGUGAUGAACUAGAUGAUGACCUAGAGAGUGCUAUUUUCUGCUAUAAAAUUGAUUCCGAAACCGAAGAAAAAAUGAGCCGAUUGCACAGGGCUUCAUGGAAUGGCAGCCUAGAGAAAGUCAAGAUGUUACUGCAAAAAAAACCAAUGGAUGUGAACACUGUGGACAGCUUUGACAGAACGCCAUUGCACUUGGCAAUGGCCAAAGGUUACUAUAACAUUGCUUGGGUGCUGUUGAAUCACAACGCUAGCUUAGAUUAUGUUGAUUGUGAUGGGUAUACACCGUUCUUAAAGGCUGUAGAAUGCGGCCAAAAAGAAUGUGUUCAUUUAAUGUUGGAGAGAGGGGCAGAUGUAACAUGCACAGACAAAAAUAAAAAUUCUGCUUUACACUUAGCUGCAAAACAGGGCUCAUUCACUAUAAUAUCUAUGCUACUUAAAAAAGGAAUUAAUAUAAAUGCACAAAAUGCUGCAGGUGAAUCCGUUCUACAUGUUGCAUGUGCUGCUGAAAAUCGUGAUUUAAUAGAGUUUAUAUUAGAUAAUGGAUCACUAAUAAACAUAGCAGAUAACCAAGGACGUACACCAUUAAUGGUGGUAGCAAAACUUGGAAAUAUGUCUAUUAUAGACUUAUUAUUGGACCGAGGAAGUCAACUUGAUGCUUGUGAUAUAAAUGGUUUAUCUGCGAAAGAUUAUGCAAUUAAAGAAGGCCAUUCUAAAGUAGUGAAUCAAUUAUCUAUGCAAAAAAUGAGUAUAAUGGCCAGAACUAGAUCUAAAGAAAACGUUCUAGAUGAUUUAGACCAGAAUGAUGGUGCUCAAUCACAAGAAAAUAAUGAUACUUCAAAUAAUCAAAAUAUUGUUGAUGCUCAAAUUAUAGUACUUAAUAAAGAAGAUAAAACAUCAAAAUCAAAUGUUGAAGAUAACCUAAAUGAAAAAGAAUGUGUAGCUUCUAGUUGUACAGCUGAAAAUAACGAUUUAAAAGUCAAUACAAUUGAUGUUGAAGAGGUGGAUAAUAAAAAGGAAAAUCUGACUUUAAACUGUAAAAUUAAUCAUCCUGAUGAAUUAAAAACAAAUAAAUUAAAUACUGAAAACAAUCAUAAGGAAGAGGAUAAUAUUACUUUGAACUCUACUUUGAAAAAUGAAAAUGAAAUAAAUAAUAGUUCAAUAGAAACAGAUAAAGAAGUAAUUGAGAAAAAUAAAUUAACUAUUGAAAACAAAAAUACAUCUAUAGUAAAUGUUUUACCUAUCAAAGAUGAAGAAUCAGUAUCUCAAUGCACAAUGCCUCCGCCGUUAGAUCCUCCUAGAAGCUGGGAUUUUAUACAGACAAGCAUAAUACACACUACAGAUAUUAAUGAAAAAAUUGAAAAUGAAACCCAAGAAAGUAUUGAGCAAAUCCCUGAUCCAAUUGUUUGUGCAGUAAACACAGAUGAUUCAGAAUUGGAAUGGGGAAGUGAUGAAAGCCUUCCGACUGAUCCUAAUCAAUCGUGUUCUACUGUGAAUGAUAAGAAAGAAGAAAAUAAAAAAAUGAAUACAUUUUAUAAUUUUAUAACUACAAAAUUAAUGAACAAGACAAAAAAUAGAGUUUCUGCAUCUGCAGAAAAUAUAAUUGAUGAGACUACUACUAAAAAACAUGUCAGAAAUAAGUCUUUAACUUCACUGAGUACUUUUAAACUCACUGUUCCAUCAGAUGUAAACAAAGCAUUACAUCAGCUUAGUCCAGAGUUGAACUUUGCACACUCUUCAUUCGGUAAAAGCAAAUCCUUUAAUGAGCAUAUACCCACUGAAAAUGUUGAUAAAAAUUCUUUAGAAUUUGAACGUUCUAAGUCAUUAUGUUUGGAAUUAAAAAAUAAUUAUGAUACAACUGAGAAUCAACAGAGAGAUUCAGAUAGCCAAAGUGAUGAUAGUCUACGUUCCAAAAGAAGUCUUUUGUUAUCUAUGCGAAUGCCUAAAGUUCAUGAUGAACAUCAUGAUGAUUAUCAUUUAGAAGUUAAAGACAGUGAGACGUCUGAAGACGAAGGGCCACAUUACUGGUAUAGUCCAAAUAAAAAAAAUGAUAAAAUAGUGCAACAAGAUACUGUUAUUAAAAACUACUGUGAAUCUGAUGAAUCUGAUAGCGAAUCUGAAGAAAUUGGUUUACCAAAAUCUAAGCCAACUCUUGAAGGAAUUUCUAAAGAACAUAACACAUCAGAUAAUUCUGACACAGAGAAUACAAUAUCAUUUUCAACUAGCCAUGAGGAUAUUUACGGAACACAUAAACGCACUAGAUAUGCUUUAAAAAGAACUGAAUCUCUUAAAGCUUACCUAAAAAGAGUAACUAUUGAUAAAGACAGAUUACAACAAGAAUCAUCUGGUUAUAAAGAAAUAACAGAACUGUUAAAAUAUAAGUUGGGAAAUCUUAAACAAGAUAUUUCCAGUAAAAAUGAAACAACUAAGAGACUCGAAGAACAAUUAGAUCAGUUAGAUGCUAAAUACACAGAAGCUUUAAACACAAUUCAAACACUAGAACUCUCUUCAACAAAUCUAGAUAAAGAAAACCAGUAUCUCAAAACAAUAAAUAAAGAACUUACAGACAAAAUUAUUAACAAUGAAUGCACUAAUAACAGUGCACAUAAAUCAGCAGAAAUAACAACUCAACUUGAAUCUGGCAAUCUUAUUAAUCAAACAGAUGAAAUUUGUACAAUGGAUAGCAAAACCAUUAUAAAACAGCUACAAGAACAAUUAAAACUGGAACAGGAAAAACGGAUAGAACUUGAUGAACGUGUUAAACUUUUAUCUGUAGAAGUUAAUGCGCAUCAGUCAUGUAGUUCAACUGUAGAAUUAUUGAAAGAAUUACAAUCUAAAAUUACCAAAGAUUAUAUACCCAAAAAAGAAGUAUUGAAAUUAAAAACAGAACAAGAAAGAAAAAUCAGUAAAGUGAAAAUGGAAGCUGAAAAAAAAUUAGCAGACAAAUUUUGUGAUCUAGAUAAAUUAUUAUCUCAACAAAUGGAUCAACAUGGAAAAUUAGAAAUGCAAAGAGAAAAAAUUGAAAGCCAACUUAAACAAGAAUUUGAAAAUACAAGACAAAGAUUUCAACUAGAAAUUGCAAAACUUCAAACAACACUAAAGACUAAAGAAAUGGAAGAACAAAUAUUAAGGGAACGGUGUGAGAUUCUUUCACAAGAAAUUGAAAAAACACAAGAUAAUAAAUGGAAAACAUUGGUGGACAAAACUUAUGGAAUAAAUGAUAUACAAAAAAGUUCACCCAAUAUGUUAUCAAUGCAUUGUAAAACUCCAGAACCAAGUCCAACUUUUGACAGACAAGAAUUAAAUGAUAUUUCUAGAUAUCAAUACAAUGCCCAAACUCUUCGAAAUGAACUGGAUAAAGUUAUUACACAAAACACAAAAGCUGCUUUAGAAGAUGAUCCACUGGUUGAUGAAUAAAAAUAAGCAGUAUUGAUUUACUAAAUAAGCUAUGAUAUUAUUACUGAAAUUGCAUUUAUCUUACUUAUAUUAUAAUAAGUAGCCUAUAUCAUUUUCAUACUGAUCCCUCUAGUCUUUAACAAUAUUUUCUGUAUAAUUGACAAAUAAAAUUAUUCAGAAAACAUGACAUAUGGUAAAAUCACUCUCAAAUGAUCAUCUGGUUAUCUCUAUACACACACACACAUUUAUAUAUUAGUUAAAUGUCACGUAUGAAAUAAUUUAUUGUAUAUUUUUUUUUAUUAAUGACAAAUGAUAAUUAUAGCUUUAAUAAAAUAAUACAAUAUUGACCUCGAAAAUUUGAAACAUCUAAUCAAACUUAAGUUUAAAAUAAUUAUACAAUAUUAUUAUAUUUAAAACUUUAUUUAUGUGCAAUUUAUUAAAUUAAUUUUAACUUUUAUGAUUAAUAGUAGUAUUAUUGUAAUAUUAUAUUUUUGUUCCUAUUAUAUAUAAUAAAAGAUCUUCCACAUUAUUGAUACAUUCCAGAGUGAUAAAUAUGUUCGGUACAAUAAAUUAUCAUAAGUGGAAUGCAUUUAUAGUUACCUAUUUAUAUUAUUUAUUUUAAUUUAAAAUAAUUGUUAUGAUUAAAACUACUUUCAGACUUUCGAGACUAGUUAAAAUUUGUUAUUGUUAUUCAAUCAAAUAUUAAUCAUCUAGUUAAUAAUUUAAAUCAAAACAUUUAUUAAUACAAUAAAUACUGCUAUGCUGUUUGAUUACUGACAAACAGUGGUGUAUUUUAAUAAUUUAAGUUAUAAAUUCUUAUUUAUAUGGAAAAAAAAAAAAUUAUACAUUAUUUAUAAGAUCAAAAAGUCAGGUUUAACAUGCAGCAGCUAUAUCUUAUCAUUUGUUAUAAAUACAUAUAGUAUUAAUCUUUGUUUACUCACCAGGUAGGAACCAAUCCAAAAUAUUUCAACAUUUUUAAUUCACUGACUUAUAACCAAACAAAAUGUUAUAUUUUUUAUUUAAAAUUUUUAUAAAAUCAUUAUGAUACUUGUAUUUGGGCAUUGUGUGUUAAAUGUCCAAUACCCCCUUCCACUGGUGGAAAAAAAUUCAUAGUAAAAAUGACCAAUUUGAAAAAACGCCCUGUAACAAAAAAAAAAAACUAUAGUUUUUAUUCAUUUUUGUUAAAAUUGUAUAAAAUUAUUAUUGGUACAACAAUUGAUCAAUAUCUAAAAAAAUUGUAUUUUCAUUAUUUUUUUUCACUUUUUGAAUAUUAAUUAAUACAUAUUUAUUUAAUUUUCAUAAAAAUAGAAAUAUCUGAUUACAACUUCAUUAUUCAAAUAUAGAUAUUGACUAAUUAAGUAGGUCAUUGUUAUUUUACUUAUCAAAUAUACUUAAAUAUUGUAUACUUGUAUUUAUAAAAUAUUACUUUAUAGUAUAUAAGCCUAUAUCAUUUGGAGUUUUUUACUGAGGUGUAUUUAUUUUAUAGGAUUUUUUUUUGUUAAAUUUUUUAUCAUGGUAUUUUUUACUUGCUAUAAUUUAUUAAUUUAUGUUUACUUUUAAUAAUCACUAAUAUGAUAAGUUCUUUUGUAGAUUCAAUAGAUCCAUUUUGCAAAAACAGCAUCACACCUCAUAGAUGAUCAUGUGUCAACAAUUUUUAUCUAUUGAUCAUAAUAUUACCUAUUUAAUAAAUAUAUUAUACUAUGGAAUUUUUUACACUAUUUCUACUUUUUAUUAAUUUUUGUAUUGAUUUAUUAUAAAUACUUGAUGUUAUUGUUUUAAAUAAAAAUUCCAAACAUUUUGAUCUUUAA